CGCUUCUUCUCGCAGCAGCUCCAGGGCCUCACCUUCAACUCGAAACCCAUCAUCACCGCCUUGACCCUCUUUGCCCACGAGCACCUGUUGCGCAUGAGCGGCGUCGUCGCCCAGUGCCUCGACGAGCACCUUCGUUCCUGCCCGCCGCAACACGUCCUCCCGACCUUCUACCUCCUCGACUCGAUCUCGAAGAACAUCGGCCCGCCGUACCUCGCCCUCUUUGGCCGCUUCCUCGAGCGCGCCUUCCUCCAGGCGUACCACGCCGCCGACGCCGCGACCCGCACAAAGCUCGAGGAGCUCCUCGGCACGUGGAAGACGGGCGGCGCCGACGGCGGCGAGCUGUUCCGCGCG